AUGUGGCUCAGACAUGAAGAAAAGGAUGAAGUCAGUCUCCAAAUCUGUGGUGAGUUGUACGAACAAUUAUCAGUUAGAAUAGACAGGUCUGCAGUGUUUGCGCCUUUCGCUUGUGGAGACGUUCGUGUAUAUCCUCUGAGAUCAAGUGAAUUCAAGAUGGACUAUCGAUUUAGCUUCGUAGCAGCGAUUGUUCUUGCAGCUUGUUUUUUGUCUCAGCCUGGAGCUGGUCCAAAUGAAUGCCCAUACCAUUACUACAAGAGUGCAACGACUCAAAGGCAAGGAAGUUCAAGGUACAGAUAUCCGUGUGGAUUGUUUGACCUUUUCCGAUGUAGAAAAACGAGAUAUUACUAUUAUACUUUCUAUUACUCUACCCUAACAACUCGCCAAGAUUGUUGUAGCGGAUGGAGAAAGAAUUCAAACGGACAGUGUAUAGAUUCAAUAUGUAAUCCAAGCUGUCAACAUGGUGGCACGUGUUAUUAUCCGAACACGUGCAGAUGCAGAGAUACCGACGAAUUCUAUGGAGAAAAUCACUACUGCAGUCUCAGAUGCCCGUAUAUUCCCAACUGUAAAAUGGAGCAGUGUACGAGUCCUCAUAAUGGCACGUGUCGGAAAUGUCAUUCUAAUGCCAGUCCGAUUUCCAUCGCAUACGAAAUGUCUCCCAACAAAGAGAAAUGUGUUUUUCGCUGUUCUUGGUUGAAUAAUUGGUGUUGGCCUGGCUAUUGUACAGGCAGUGACUACGCUAACGAUAUGUGCACAUGCGCACCAGGCUUCUCUGGAAGUCCAAAAUGUUUGCAAGUUACAAGAACAUCUGAUGUAGUCGUCUUGAACGUUAGUCUAGAGGACACUGCACGUCGUCGGAUUGCCAACUACACGUAUUCACAGCAGAAAAUUGUGUACACAAAUGUGGUACCCAAAAAAGUGAUCGUAACACUGAAGACAGAAUUCAGUGGUCCGACAAUAGGAUCAAGAAUAUUUACAGCUACUCGUUGGAAGACUGACUAUAGGAACUAUGCGAAACCUCCGUGGAUACGUUACUAUCGCGUCGGUAUUACAAGAACGAAUGCUACACUGAAUUUGCGUCAAACAGGCACAUAUCACUUGAUUUCGCAACAUAAUUUGCUGUGCCAGCACGUCGGCAAGCGUGUUGAUUUGUCAAAGAACGCACCUUCUUCUCCGGUGGACUGCACGCUCACAGUCGAUCUCUCACGACGUACAUUUAGUCACAACGAAAGACUGAAUGUUGAUAUUAACAUUGAGAACGGCGGAUAUCUCGUCAUUGCCAACAUGAGCGUCUUUUGGCAACCCCCAGCAACGCAUUUCUACUCUGGAACUACUACACGGGUUACUGCUUCUUUUGUAUUUGACCAUGUUGCUCCUGUUCAUUGCAGCGUGGACAACAGCAUCGACUGUCCUGCCGGUAUUACGUCUUCCAGUAUGCUUUCGGUCAAUUCGCCGGUCACAAGACAAAGUACAGUAACGAUCACGUGGGACGGAUGGUAUGAUACGGUGGGUGGAUCAGGAAUUAGUGCAUACACGUUGGAGAUUUACGAGAUGGAAAGCAGAGGAGAUUCUUUAUCCGAAAAAGCUUCUUCACUAGAUCGGCAAAGAUUUGCUGCACAAGAAAAGAGUUACUCAUUGCAAUUGAGAGGGUCGUCUCUCAUCUCUAUUGUUCUCUACGUGCACGACGUUGCAGGUAACUACAGAAUCGCAAGACGGUUUGUACUCUACGACGAGUCAUCGACGGUGAAGGUUGAUUCUAGUAAUCCAUUAUCUCUUCCACGUUCUGUAAAUACAGGUCACACUCUGUGGAAGACUGUAAACAAAGAUCAACUGUUAUGUGACUGGACUGGGCACUUCUACAACUCACUUGUAGGGAAAGAUCCUUUGCUCGAUCGAAUUUCUCCUUUCAGAACAAAUAUUGACAAAAACUACGAUCAACCGGCAACAGGAACUUUAGAUUUAAGCGGCACGAUCAACUAUGCCGGUAUAGUCAAUUACAAGUAUGCCAUUUCAUACGGUCUUAGUCCUCAAGUACCCGGAGACUCCACAUUUCGUAAUGUACCGACACGAGCCACCGGUUUAGACUUGUGGCAACACUACACCAUCUCUACCAGCACAAACGACGGAAAUCACAUCACAGUGUGGGUAAAGGCGGUCGACAUUUGGGGAAACAGUGAGACUGACAAUAUCGUAAUUAACGUUGAUUUUUCAGUACCGUUUAUCUCUGAUGUGGAGUUGACACGCGAUAGAGAAACGGGAUUGACUUUACACGGUUCUACAAAACUGCGUACAAUAAAAAUCGCUUUUAAUGCAGAAGAUCCUCAAAGCGGAAUUCUAAGUGCUUUCUGGACAUUGGGAGAGACCCGGGGAGGCAGCCAAAUGGGACAAGGUCGUAUAAUCACCAGAGCCAAAUCACAGUCUGAAUGUGACUCAUCCAACUGUACAUGUACUCCACUACUCGUCUGCAGUUAUUUCUCAUACAAUCUAGAAUUACAUCCGGAACAAUCUGUGCGUGAAUCUGACCAACACGCUCGUACUUACUAUCUCACUAUCAACGCCACAAACGACGCUCAAUUGUCUUCAUCACACCAACUUGCUAUUACUGUAGACGGCAGUCCUCCACUAGCAGGACAUGUGAUCAAUGGAAUAUCAAGACAGGAUAUCGACAGUCAGCAGAGUAACAUCAUUCGUGCACAUUGGCAAGGGUUCAGUGAUCCAGACAGUGGAAUCCAUCAUUACAAAUACGCUAUUGAAACCACUUGCUUGUCAAAAGAACAGAUCACUUCAGGCAAGAUGAAAAUCUACAGAACAAGCAAUCAGUAUAUUGAUCCGAUUACUGUUAACACCAGUGGCACAUAUUACGUGUCCGUCGUAGCCUACAACAAUGCAUUAGAACCGUCAGACGUUAUAUGCUCGGAUGGAGUAACGGUGGACGACACACCACCAGCGCAAGUCACUAACAUUGUUUGGAUAAGUGUGGUUGUAUUGACAAUCGUUGUGGCAGUACUUGUUGUGUGGCUCGUUUGGAAGAAGAAACAACGGAACUCGCACACCAAAAGAUCAAAAAAUAACAACAGUGAGCCCCAUAGUCAUUACACCGUUGGUCAACAUGCAACUGAAUCGUAUCAAAAUGUUGCUAUGAGUACGUUUGAAAACAGACACGUCGAGCAAUCUAGUAAAGAACAAAGAGACUACGCAAACUCUCGACAGGGAGAAGACUCUCUAUAUGAGUCGAUAGAGGAGAUCGUAAAGGUACCUGGUGGUGGCCCCAAUUCUUCGGAGGAACCUGAACAAUACAUGACGAUGACACCGAGUUGAGUAACUCUACGGUAGCCAUUUUGGGACGAGAUAGAUUCCUAAAGCAGAGUCUUGUUUGGUUUUCGUUACCUAACUGAUUGUCACUUGAAUGGGUGACAUUGCUGGGAUUGUUUCUAUUAGUUUUUAGUUCACAAUCAGACUAACCCAUUCGCGAAUAGUUCAACUAGCUCAUUCGCUAAUGGUUCAAACAAACUGCAUAGUAGA